AGCAGCGUUUUCUGUUACCGAUGAGUGCUAACCGUGUUAGAACUCCGAAAACCUGCAGGAAGAAAUUCCCAGGGACCAGGAGCAGCCUGCAGGUUCCCUUAAAGGCCAGUAAGGUGCUGGCUGAGAGGAACCAGGCAGUGGUGGCGGUUGGAGCCUGGGUGGAGGACGGACAGGAUUUCCUAGAGCACCCGGCUGCGCUCGCUGUACUAACUGAAGAGCUACAAGCACAGAUUAGAAGGGAGAACGAAGACAGCCUGAGGCGGUUUCAAGAUGAAGUACGGCGGCGAGUGGCACAUCAGGCUCACCGCAGCAAGAGACGACAGCAGAAUCACGCGCAUCCCUCGGUCAUAUCUCACAGAAGAUUCCCACAUUAUCAGGUGGUGACCCACCAAGUGUUUGAUAGUGAGGAGAACAUCCCCUCAGGAAGUGCUGCACAGCACAGAACCUCCCCACAGUCUAGGGACCCUAUGAGGCAGGUCAGACUCAGACUGGCCGCCUGUCGCCUGAUCCAGCAAGAGGAAACGGCAUCAGACCUUCCAGGGGGCAGAUGGAACAUCUCUCCAACCAGACAUGCGAAUCAGAGAUCUGGUGCUCAGGGGCAGAGAACAGAGCGCGAUGUUCUGGAGGAUGAAGGAGAGGAAGCCAGAGAUCCUCCUCUCUUUGGCAGUCAACAUGAAUGCCCCCUUGUUCAACAGAAGGUGGGCAAACAUGCUUUUUUGGAUCUUGAUGAUUUGCACUCAGAUCACAGUUCUGCUCGAAGCCUAAGUGUCCCAAGGGUUCUCUGGCCAAUGAUGAAUCAAGAAAAAGUAAAAAAGCAGCGUCAGGCUCAGUUUUUGAUACACCGGCGUCAGGCCAUGAGCACAGAACGGGAGCAGGUGAAGGAGAACAAGCAACUCAGGAAACACCUGAAGAGGACUGCAAGGAUCAAAGCAGAGAAAGAAAAGGUUCGUCAGGAGGAGGAGAUGAAACUAGAAAGAGCUCGGAUGCUUGCAGAAGCCAGGCAGAGACUGGAGGAGAGAGAGCUGCAGAUUCUGGAGCGUCUGAAGCUGGAAGAGGAGCAGAGAGCUGAGCAGCUGCAAAAGAGGAACAAGGAGGAGCCGAGGAGAGACUCUGCAAGGUUUGUUGAAUCUCUGAGAGCUCAGCUGAAGGAGCGCCUGUCUCAGACAAAGCUGGAGCUCCCUCCUCUCUGCUGCUGUGCCUCCUCUUUUUGGGAUUCCCACCCUGAUACCUGUGCCAACAACUGUUCCUUCCACAACAAUCCCAGAGCAUAUGCCAAAGCUCUACGUUCAACGCUGGUGAGUUUGGAUCUACAGUGAACGGAGCUGCAUUGACCUAAUGGAGAUGGCUUCUUUUCAAACACACUAAUCCAAACUAUCCGAAAGACUAAAUCUGGAUUAUUGCAUAUUUACCUUGCAGAAUAAUUAGUUUAAUGUAACUUUCCCUACAUGUUAUUUUAUUGUUUAAAUGAAACACUUAUUGGAAAAUUAAGUCUCCACCUUGACUUUUCUGGACUGUUCUGAAUUUUGCUAAUUUUAUUCAUGUAUUUAUUGUAAGUUAUGAGGUUUGUUAAUAUUUGAGCUGUGUGCAGCUAAUGAUUAACAUAACUUAAAAGAAUCAGAAACUCAAUCAGGGAUUUAGUAUCUGUUUAAACUUGAACUCUGCUCUGUUUUACUGGGCAGGUUUACAAGAUUUGACCUGUACUGCUGUUUUUUUCCAUCUCUUUCAAAGAAGUAUUAAAAAUAACAUCUCACAUGUGUCUGUGUGUACCUGCUGGUUUACUGAUGCUUUCAGUCAGUUAGUCAUUUAUAGUUUUUUUUUGUUUUUUUUUUGAAAGGCCAUAUCAAAUAUCUUGUGAAUUUCUAUUUAAACCAUAAUGUAAAAAAAGACAUUUUGCAAUUUUCAAAGAUUGUCAGAAAUGUGUUAAAGUGCAGAAUGUUCUCUAGUGCAUCGAUUAAAACGUGACACCAAAACAAAACAGAGGACUGCCAGCUAUCGCUAAGAUUUAUUUGAAUAUUACUAAACAAUGCUGACCAUUUUAAAGUGGUUCUAUUGACCAUCCAUCCAUCCGUGAUAAAAAAACAAAACAGAUCUUUGUAAUUUGAGCCACAUGCUGCCAUAUGUCUGUUUAUCUCUUUGUUUUCUACAUUUCCUUCAUUUGCUGUUUGACUGGCCUGAUUAUUAGUAUUAUUACGUCUGUUUUUUUUAUUGUUAUAAAUGAAGCUUAAGCAUAUAUUCAAUCUGGAGGACUCUGAUCAGCCUCACCUUUAUCACCUGCUGGAGUCCUCCCUUCAAACCUCAGCCAGUCAGCCUCGGGGCCGCACCUUCCCUGGAGCCAAUCGAUUUGCAAGGUGUCCUUCCAGCGUCAUUCCAUGUCUCCUGCUCACCAGCCCUCUCUCUACCCAUCUCCCCCCUCGUUCCCCAAGAAGUGACUCUGGACAGGAACCAUCCGAUUCAUCCUGGGCUUAUUAAACCAUCAGUGUCCGUACACCGGGGAAAGUCUUAUCCUCUCUCUGUUAAAUCAACCGAUCUGAUCAUCCAUCAGCUCUGAACACAAAGGUUUCAGCCGGUGUCCGAGCACCAAAGAACUUAUAUAUUAUUCAUGGAAAUAAACGAUUC